AUGUCGGCGGCCGUAUUUGACGAUAUUGUCAGGCGACUGAGCCUCUCAGACACUGAAGCGAAGAGCAAGCUCGAGGCCGCUACCCAAUUACGCGACUCGCUCGAUCACUACACCAAUGGCGCGGCAUAUCCCAUCUUCCUCAAGAAGGCGAUGCCGCCCAUCAUCAUUCUUUUGAGAGGACCAUGCGUUUUCCAGAGCACAUCCCCGGACCAGAGACUCCGGAACUGCGUUCUCGAGAUCCUCCACCGGCUGCCGACACAUCAGACCUCCCCCGAACCCUUUGAGCCAUACGCCGAGGAGGUCGUCGAUAUCCUUAUGGGCUUGGUCAAGAACGACAACGAGGACAAUGCGACACUAUGCGUCAAGAUAAUAUCAGACAUUAUGCGCCACCAGCCCAAGGUUCUGCAGGGAAAAGUUCAGCCGUUCUUGACGCUGAUACAGGAGCUGUUCGAGCAGAUGGAGCGGGUUGUAAGAGAACAGCUGGACAGCAGUGCUGUUCCGUCCAACGCCCCCGGCGCGCCAUCUACCCCCGGCAGCACGCAGACAAACUUUCAGUCACCGAGACCCGGCUCGCCAGUUGCUUCUGUCACCGACCUGGGCCAGGAUCUGCAGCAACAGACUCGACCGCUGCUGAAGGGCAUGCAGUCGUUCAAGGUCCUGUCGGAAUGCCCAAUCAUUGUCGUGUCCGUCUUCCAAACGUACCGCACAAUCAUUCCCCAUAAUGUGAAGCUGUUUGUGCCGCUGAUCAAAUCCGUGCUACUGCUCCAGGCCAAGGCCCAGGAGCAGGCCCACCGCGAGGCCAAGGAGAAGGGGCAGACGUUUGCUGGGGUGAGCCCGAACAUCAGGAACCGUGCCGCGUUCGGCGAGUUUAUCACGGCGCAAGUCAAGACGAUGAGUUUUCUUGCCUAUCUUCUGCGACAAUACUCGAGUCAACUGACCGACUUCUUGCCGACACUGCCGGAAAUCGUGGUACGCCUGUUGCAGGAUUGUCCAAGGGAAAAGUCUGCAGCGCGUAAGGAGCUUCUUGUGGCCAUACGUCACAUCAUCAACUUCAAUUUCAGGAAAAUCUUCCUGUCCAAGAUCGACGAGCUCUUGGAGGAGAAGACGUUGAUAGGUGAUGGGUUAACCGUCUACGAUACCAUGAGACCACUGGCGUACAGCAUGCUGGCCGACCUCAUCCACCAUGUGCGAGACGCUUUGUCUCCCGAGCAGAUUCGAAAAACCGUCGAGGUGUACACCAGGAAUCUGCAAGACAAUUUCCCCGGCACCAGCUUCCAGACGAUGAGCGCUAAGCUUCUCCUCAAUAUGGCCGAAUGCAUCGCGAAAAUGCCGAACAAAGUUGAUGCCCGACACUAUCUGCUCACGAUACUCAACGCCAUUGGAGACAAGUUUGCGGCUAUGAACAGACAGUACCCGAAUGCUGUCAAGCUGUCCAAACUCUAUGCUCAGCAAGCCGCUGACCAAGUUCCGGAGAACUACCUCGCUGAUUCCUCACAACCGCCUGAGUGGGAUGAGACGGACAUAUUCACUGCGAUGCCCAUCAAGACCUCGAACCCACGAGACAGGGGCGCUGACCCUGUGGUCGACAACAAGUUCCUGUUCAAGAACCUCAUGAACGGCUUGAAGAACACAUUCUAUCAACUGAAGGCAUGCAACGCAGCCAUUGCGAUUGACCCCCAGAACGCACCGCAACACUGGCAGGAGGUGUCAUACGGUUUCUCUGCUGAGGAGGUCAAAGUAAUCGUCAAGCUGUUCCGCGAAGGCGCCUACGUGUUUCGAUACUAUGAGAUUGAGAAGCCUGCCUCAGAGUCGGCUUACGCCUCCCCGGUCGAGUACAUGGCCAACUUCUACAUGGUAUCGAGCAGCAAGGAGGAAAAGGACCUUCUGGAAACCUUUGCUACUGUCUUUCACUGUAUCGAUCCCGCAACCUUCCAUGAGGUUUUCCAGCAAGAGAUCCCCCGACUUUACGAGAUGAUCUUUGAGCACACAGCGCUAUUGCACAUUCCACAGUUCUUCCUUGCAAGCGAGGCUACGUCACCGAGCUUCUGCGGCAUGCUCCUGAAGUUCCUCAUGGAGCGGAUAGAUGAUGUCGGAUCUGCAGACGUGAAGAAGUCUUCUAUUCUUCUCCGUUUAUUCAAGCUUGCCUUUAUGGCCGUUACGCUAUUCGCCGACCAGAAUGAACGAGUCCUCCUCCCACACGUCGUCGAUAUUGUGACGAAGUCUAUCGAGCUGUCAACCAAGGCGGAAGAGCCGUUGAAUUAUUUCCUCUUGCUACGGUCGUUGUUUCGAAGCAUCGGCGGAGGAAAGUUCGAGCACCUUUACAAGCAGAUUCUGCCCUUGCUGGAGAUGCUGCUGGAUGUGCUGAAUACCCUGCUGAUGGCUGCUCGCAAGCCAACAGAACGCGAUCUCUAUGUUGAAUUGUGCCUGACGGUCCCAGCACGGCUUAGCAACCUGCUUCCACAUCUGAGCUUCCUAAUGCGACCACUGGUGGUUGCGCUGCGAGCUGGCACCGAUCUGGUAGGACAAGGCUUGCGCACAUUGGAGCUUUGUGUGGACAAUCUGACCGCAGACUACCUUGACCCUAUCAUGGCGCCUGUGAUCGAAGAGCUUAUGAAUGCUCUCUUCGAACACCUCAAACCGCAUCCAUACAGCCACUUCCAUGCACACACGACGAUGCGUAUACUGGGAAAGCUUGGUGGGAGGAACCGCAAAUUCAUGACAGAUGCGCUUCCCGUCACCUAUCAACGUUACGCCGAUGACCCAGCAAGUUUUGAUGUACGCUUGAUCGGAUCCAAGAGGGACAGAGCAUUCCGUGCUGAGCUAGGCAUUGAUUGCGCCAUUCGCAAACUUAUGGAGGUACCAAAACCGACCAAGGCAACCGCCAUCAAGCAGCACGACGGUUUCUACAAGAGACAGGCCCUCAACCUAGUCAAGGCUCAGCUUAAGUUGCGCAUAGGCAUGGAUAAUCUUCCUGAUGACCUGCCAAAGCUUGUCCGCCUUCAGGCGCAAGACUUCCUGGCGCGGAAGUGUGAGCAUGACCUUUCGGUUUUUAACACGUCGGAGCGUGAGAGGUCUGUUAUCAAGAAAGACGAAGAGGACAAAGUCAUGAAGCGUCUCAUCAAAGCAGUCAUGUUCGCCGAGUCAUUACCGGAGUUCCACGACGAGGCGGACGUUUUCUUGGUGAACCUGUGUCGACACUUUACCAUUAUUGAGGUUGGCCGCGGCCUUGUUGAGCUUAAACGCGCCAACAGUCCAUUUGACGUGAAGAACGGCGAAGGCCCACUCUUCAUUGAGACUCGUAUCUUGUGUGAUGCUAUUCUCGAAUCCCUCGCAUCUGAAGUGCCAGAAGUACGAGAUGCUGCUUUCCGCGCCAUCCAUGCCAUUUACGACUCGACUGUCACCAUCUUCGGUUCUGGUACCCAGGUUGGACGACUACCUCUCUUCAACCAUCUCUGCGCAGCGUUCUGUCACGGGUGCUAUGAGGAAGAGUGGUUUACCAAGACUGGUGGAAGCCUGGGCAUCAAGUACCUGCUCACAGAAAUAGACCUCGGCGAUGCGUGGGUGCUUGCGAAGCAGAUGGAUUUCAUUCGCGCCCUGAUGUAUGUCAUCAAAGAUAUGCCCCAGGACCUUCCAGAGAACACUAGGAGCUCAGCCCAGGGAACCCUUGAACUCCUUCUAAGACGCAUCACAAAGAAUAUCAAGAAGGAAGACUGCAUGCCUACGACACAGCAGCAGGGGCAGCCACCACAGAAGCCUCAUCGAAUGGCGCAGAUAUGCGCCUUCCUCAAUGACGAGUUAGCUCACAUGAAUCGACAUGUCCGUGAGACUGCGAGACAAGCCUUGGAAAUCGUCGCCAAGGCGACGAGCUCUGAGAUCUGGGAGAUAUUGGAACCUUUCAAGGAAAGGCUUCUACACUCAAUAUACCCCAAACCGCUGCGUGCACUGCCAUUCUCGACACAGAUCGGCUACAUUGAUGCCGUUGCAUACUACAUGGGUCUCAAGAAUGACUUCGUGCCAUUCGACGACCAGCUCAAUCGACUGCUUAUGGAAUCACUAGCUCUAGCAGAUGCUACAGACGAAUCCCUCGCCGGUAAGCCCGCCGAGUUUCGAACGCACGAGUCCAUUGUCAAUCUACGGGUCGCUUGCAUCAAAAUAUUAAGCAAGGCUAUGGGAUUCGAUGAUUUCGCCAAAGGCCAGAACAACCCGACAAGAACCAAGAUUGUGUCCGUUUUCUUCAAGUGCCUGUAUUCGGAGUCAAAGCCAACCAUCGAGGCAGCGAAUGAGUCUCUGAAAGCCGUCUUGUCGCAUACAAACAAGCUUCCCAAAGACUUGCUGCAGCAAGGACUUCGACCGGUUCUAGCCAACCUACAAGAUCCCAAGCGCUUGACGACGCAUGGGCUGGAGAACCUCGCACGGCUUUUGAGACUGCUUACUACGUACUUCAAGGUCGAGAUCGGUGCCCGACUUUUGGACCACAUCAAGGUGCUUGCCGACGCAAACCUUGUCCAGCAGAUUUCUUUCACCUUCUUUGAGCAGAAUCCUCAGAUGAAGGUCAUUGCGGCGGUCUUCAACAUCUUCCACCUCCUGCCACCGGCAGCUGAACAGUUCAAAGAGCGCCUCAUUGAUACCGUCCUUGACCUCGAAGAGAAGCUCCGACGAACACAGUACAGUCCAUUCCGGCCGCCACUGUACAAGUAUCUGAACCGGUAUCCUCAAGAUGUGUGGAACUUUCUCCUGGGGAGGCUUGAGGAUAUCAAGUACGGUCGUUUCUUGGCCCAGGUUUUGACGCACCCGGAUAGCCGUCCGCUCAGAGACCAUGCUGCUGCAAAUGUUGAAGCCUUGAUCAACGCCUGCACGGCGAUUGUUGAUGCGAACAAGGACACAAGAUUUGUGACCGUGGUCAACACUGUCAACAUCCUCGACUCGCUAAGCCAGUCUGCUGGCAAGUCCAGUUGGAUGGAGCGAAAAGAGACGAUGAGCUGGCUCACGAAAUCUGGGAAAGAGCUAGAACAGCAGCUGCGCAACAACCAGUUGCCGCCGAGCCUGCGAUUGCCUGCUGAACAGGCUGCUGAUCAACUGAUGGGAAUGCUCACGAAAUCUCUCUCAUUGACCCCAUCGGAUCUGGACUCGCUCUUCAGCUUAGUGGAUUCAGUCACAUCAGAGGAGCUCCGUGCUACCCCGUCGCUGUACUCCUACAUCUACGAGCACGUUAUCCGUAAUGAUUCUGUCGACUAUUGGAAGUCUGUCAUCUUGCGCUGUCUCGAUGUUUACGCGAGCAAGCAGGCGAGCCAAAAGACGAAGUGCUUUCUUCUUCGCAACAUCGUGAACCCAAUUGUCGCCAUGGACGUUAUGAGAACUGGGUAUCAGGCAGACCAGCAAACAACUCGAAGGCUCAUGGACAAACAGAUCAUUGAUUCGAUCAACGCCAAAAUCUGGAAGAUCAACCUUGGUGAUCCGCAAGAAGAUCUCGCGCAUCCUGGAAUCGAUCACACUCGCAUGGAGGUACUUCAGCUUUCCGCAAUGCUUGUGAAAUAUCACCAUGCUAUCCUUCAGGAUGCGCGGAAGGACAUCAUCAAGUUUGGCUGGACUUACAUCCGACUGGAUGACGUGAUCAACAAGCAUGCAGCCUACGUGGUCAUCGGGUACUUCAUUGCUCACUAUGAUACUCCUGCCAAGAUCGUAACUCAGGUGUACUAUUCGCUGUUGAGGACGAACCAGAACGAGGGUCGCGCUCUGGUCACUCAGGCAUUGGAGCUCAUGGCACCAGUACUCCCCAAGCGUUGCAACUCGACCCCUAGCGAACGAAAUGCCGUCUGGGCUAUUGCACCCCGCCGCAUCCUUGCGGAAGAAGGCCAAAACGUUCAGCAAAUGACGAGCAUCUUUCACUUCCUCGUCCGGCACCCAGAUCUGUUCUACGAGUCACGCGACAAGUUUGCUCUCCUGAUCAUCACUUCGCUUCGCAAGAUCUCAGCCCCUCAAUCUUCCUCUAAUGAGAGCAAGAAACUCGCAUUGAACAUGAUGUGGCUCAUUUGGCAGUGGGAACAGCGGAGAGUCGAAGGCAAAUAUGCUAGCCCUGCGAGGUCUUUGUCUGAGUCUCCCAACUCGAGGAAGCGCAAGCUGGAUAGUGAGCCAACCUCAUCCCCCCCUGCGGCAAGGCAGACAGCUCCCGCUCGAGACUUCCAGAUCCCCGACGCAUACCGAAUUAAGAUGCUCAAGUAUCUCGUGGAAUUCAUUGCGCAGCUCAAUGAGCGGUACAAGCUUCCAUCGGCCAAACCCAGAGAUGCAGCUUCCAACGCUGGGCCUGCCCAACCACCUAUCUCUACCGAGUUAUGUCAGAAAGCAAUGGCUCUCCUUUAUAACCUCCUUCAGACAUCAUACUGGGGAGACCUUGAUCUUGACUUGUUCCCUAAUGUCACCGAGGUAGUGCUGGCCAGCGAGAAGACUUCCAAGAUUCUCAAUGCAGACCCGAGUGACAAGGACAAUUAUGAUGAAAAGUUCAUCACAAAUAUCGUCAACACACUGCAAGUUGUCCGGAUCAUCCUGAACGCCAAGAAAGAUGAGUGGAUCGUGAAGAACAUGCCUUCAAUCCAGAAGGUGCUCGAAAAGUGCUUGAAGUCUGAGAAUCCGGAACUGCAAGAUUGCCUACAUUUUGCAGACAAGGAAUAUGACGAUGGACGAAUCCUCAAGUCGACUUUUCAACGAGUCCUUGAUGCCGUACCCGAAGAUGUGCCAAUGGAGGAUGCCGAUGCUGAAGGAGAGUCCGAAGCUCCCACGUCAGAGAUCGUUACUUUCAUGUCGGCAAUUGCCACAGAGACGCUCAAUGCAUCGAAUUACGUGUCGGGCGUAAACAUUCUGUGGUCGUUGGGCCAGCGCAAGCCAUCAGUGAUUGACUCUCACAUACCUGCACUGAUGAAAGCACUACAGCAAAAGCUGGCUCGUGAGCAUGUCCAACACUACAGUGCCGUUCAAGCUCAGCAGCUGAAUGCGCAUGUGCGACCUCAGGAACAGCCCCGUGAGGGUCUGAUGGCUGAUUAUGAUCUCGAGAUUCAGACCUCUUUGAUGAUCAAGGCCAUUGAAGUAACGGCUAUGAGGAUGGAGAUCCUUGGUGAUAACCGUCGACCAUUCCUAUCUGUCUUAGCCACCCUGGUGGAGAAAUCACUGCACAUACAACUCUGUACCAAGAUACUGGAGAUGGUAGAAGACUGGGUCUUCCGAUCUGAAGGGACCUGGCCUACCCUCAAAGAGAAGACUGCAGUGCUACACAAAAUGCUCUCGUUUGAGCACCGUAGCGACACCACGAUGUUGACCAAGUUCCUUGAGCUUGUUAUUCGCAUCUAUGAAGACCCAAAGAUCACGCGUACCGAGCUCACCGUCCGAAUGGAGCAUGCUUUCUUGAUUGGCACUCGUGCGCAAGAUGUCGACAUGCGCAAUCGUUUCAUGACAAUAUUCGACCGAAGCCUAAGCAAGACAGCCACUGCCAGACUUGCCUAUGUCAUUACGUCGCAGAAUUGGGACACACUUGCGGACUCCUUCUGGUUGGCUCAAGCAUCUCAGCUGCUCCUGGGGGCUGUAGAAGUCAAUGCAAACACGCAGCUUCACCAAGACGAUUUCCGAACUCUGCCGGCUUCUAUGGUGUUUGGAACAUACUCCAAUGACAGCCGUGAGCCCACGAUCAUGGCUGACGACAAGUAUGAUAACUUCAUGGCCAGUCACCGCCGCUUUGUUGCAGAACUCAGUGAUGUUAAGAUUCGUGACAUCUUGGAGCCCGUCAUACAACUCCAACACAUCGAAUCCACCUUGGCACACGAACUCUGGGUUACUUUGUUCCCAAUGUUCUGGUCCGCUACGAUGAGGGAAGAGAAGACAGACCUUGAGAAGGGGCUGGUCAACCUGCUGACAAAGGACUACCAUUCUCGUCAAAUGGACAAGCGACCAAACGUUGUCCAGUCACUCCUCGCUGGCGCCGCAAAAUCGUGGCCUGAGUGCAAGAUACCGCCUCAUGUCCUGAAGUUCCAGGCCAAGACGUACGACGCCUGGUACACGGCACUUGUUCAACUUGAGAACGCUGCAGUCAAGACAGAUAUUGAGUCUUCUACUGUUCGUGAAAGUAACCUCGAUGCUCUUGUUGAGCUGUACUCGAGCUUGAAAGAAGACGACAUGUUCUAUGGCACAUGGAGGCGACGAUGCCAGUUUGUCGAAACCAAUGCCGCCCUUUCCUACGAACAGAACGGCAUGUGGGAUAAAGCCCAAAAGAUGUACGAGGCUGCACAGAUCAAAGCUCGUACUGGUGCCCUUCCCUUCUCCCAGGGUGAAUACAUGCUCUGGGAAGACCACUGGGUUCUCUGUGCCGAAAAACUGCAGCAGUGGGAUAUCCUGCAGGACUUCUCUAAGCAUGAGAAUCUGCAGGAUCUACUCCUGGAAUGCGCUUGGCGCAACAUCGAGAUGUGGCAAAAUCAAGAGCAUCGCGAAAGCUUGGAUCACCUCAUCAAAGGUGUUAUGGAUGCGCCCACUGCUCGACGUGCCUUCUUCCAAGGUUUCAUGUCGCUCCUCAAGUUGCACAACAAUAAGAAUGUCGAGUCGCAAGCUGAGUUCAGUCGCGUCUGUGAUGAAGCUGUUCAACUGUCAAUCCGCAAAUGGCACCAAUUGCCCGGACGCUUGACUGCUGCCCAUAUCCCCAUGCUUCACAACUUCCAGCAACUCGUCGAACUUCACGACGCAAGCAUCAUCUGCCAAAGCCUGGCAGGGACCACGCAGCAAAACUUGGAUGUCAAGUCGAAUGAACUCAAGUUGCUAUUGGGCUCAUGGCGGGACCGACUUCCAAAUGUUUGGGACGACAUCAUUGAUUGGCAAGACCUGGUCACCUGGCGUCAGCACAUCUUCGGCUUGAUCAACAGCACAUACCUGCAGCUACUGCCUCAGCAAGGAGGCCAGAAUGCCAACGGUGCUUCUUUUGCGUAUCGCGGUUACCACGAGACUGCGUGGAUCAUCAACAGAUUCGCCCACGUUGCUCGCAAGCACAACUUGCCGGAGGUCUGCAUAGCACAGCUCAGCCGCAUCUACACUCUUCCCAACAUCGAAAUCCAGGAGGCGUUCUUGAAGUUGCGGGAGCAAGCCAAGUGCCACUACGAGAAUCCAGAAGAAUUGUCCAGUGGCUUGGAUGUGAUUAACAACACAAACUUGAACUACUUCAACGCCCAGCAGAAAGCAGAGUUCUAUACCCUGAAGGGCAUGUUUUUAGAGAAGCUCAAGCAAAAGGAUGAGGCCGACGGUGCCUAUGGUACUGCACUCUACUACGACAUCAGUAAAGCGAAGGCUUGGGCUGAAUGGGGCUAUUUCAACGAUCGCAAGUUCAAGGAUGACGCGACAGAUCUGAACUCAGCCAAACAGGCCUUGACAUCCUAUCUCCAGGCAAUCGGCAGCUACAAAGAUGGAAAGGCCCGCAAGCUCAUUGCGCGCAUUCUCUGGCUCCUUAGUCUCGACGAUGCCAAUGGUACGAUCGCGUCCGGCUUCGAGGACUAUAAGGGCGAGACCCCGGUCUGGUUCUGGAUUACAUUCAUCCCACAGCUUCUUACCGGCCUUGGCCACAAGGAAGCGCCAAAGGUCCACGCCAUAUUGCUCAAGAUUGCCAAGUCGUACCCGCAAUCUCUCUUCUUCCAGCUGCGAACUAACAGGGAGGACAUGCUUGCAAUCAAGAAGAAUCAGGAGGCAAAGGAGAAGCAACGCCAGCAGCAUCAACGCGCUCAAUCUUCGGCAUCGAACGGGAAACCUUCUGGAUCACCCGCCCAGGCAAAGCAAGAGAACCAACAGCCCAAGACUGAAUCAACUUCUCGACCUCAGACAGCGAACGGCGAGGGCAAUGCGCAGACCAAGACAGAGAGCACUGAUGACAAACCCACACCUAGUGCUACGCCAGCUGCCCCCAACGCUGCACCUACCGCCAACGGGGAGCAGAAGACAGAUCAGAAUGCUGCCACCAAUGCUGGACAGAAAAAGCCUCCGUGGGAGCUCACCGAAGAGAUCAUGUCGACCCUCAAGACUGCAUUUCCACUACUGGCUUUAUCAAUGGAGAAGAUGGUCGAUCAAAUCCAGAAGUACUUCAAGUGCCCUCCGGAUGAAGAUGCAUACCGUCUCAUCGUUGCUUUGCUCAACGAUGGCUUAGCCUAUGUAUCCAGAAUGCCGGCCUCUUACGCCAGGGACGUCAAGCUGCCAUCGGGUACUGAAACCAACAUCACUCGUUUCGCCGAGACAAUUCUGCCCAACCACAUCAAAAAGUCAUUUGAAGCCGACUUUGUCCAGGUGAAGCCGACAAUGUAUGAAUACAUCCACAAGCUUCGCAAAUGGCGUGACAAGUUUGAGGAGAAGUUGGAUCGCAGAAAUCCUAAGGAUACUUUGGAGAGGUAUUCGCGUGACCUAAGCGAAUUCCGAUACCAGAAAUUCGACGAUGUCGAGGUACCCGGACAGUAUCUUCAGCACAAGGACAAGAACCAGGAUUUCAUUCGUAUUGAGCGUUUCCUGCCCGACGUUGAUCUCGUCCGAACCAUUGGCGUUUCUCACCGGCGAAUCAAGAUCCGUGGCCACGAUGGCAGCAUCCACGCCUUCGCCAUUCAGCAUCCUGCCGCUCGACACUGCCGCAGAGAGGAGAGGAUUCUGCAACUAUUCCGACAUCUCAACCAGACUUUGGCGAAGCGAAAAGAGUCUCGCCGCCGCGACUUGCAGUUCACCUUGCCUCUGAUGGUGCCUCUUGCGCCACACAUAAGAAUAGUGCAAGAAGAUACCUCUUACAUGACACUUCAGGGUAUCUACGAAGACCACUGUCGACGAAAUGGCAUGCAGAAGGAUGAGCCUGUCUUGUUUACCAUGGACAAACUGCGGGGACUUAUUGAACCAAAGGGAGCUGCCGAUACCACGACAGCCCGUCUCGAGGUCUUCACCGCUAUCCAGGAGAAGUGGGUGCCUCACACUGUCGCCUUGGAGUAUUUCCAAUCAACUUUCCCUGAGUUCUCUGAAUUCUGGCUUUUCCGCCGUCGCUUCUCGUACCAGUUGUCAGCUCUCACUUUCAUGACAUACAUCCUGUACAUGACUGGACGAUACCCGCACAAGUUCAACAUUGCACGCAGCUCAGGCAAGAUCUGGGGUUCUGAGCUUAUGAGCUUCAUGGCGCCCGCGAAGCCCUUCUUCCACAAUCCGGAACCCGUGCCCUUCCGCCUUACCCCCAACCUCCAGACUCUCAUGGGUCCUCUCGCCACCGAGGGCAUCUUCAGCUGCGCAAUCAUGGCGAUCGCACGAUGCCUCACCGAACCUGAGUUCCAGCUCGAGCAUGCGCUCACGCUUUUCGUCCGGGACGAGAUGAUCUUUUGGUUUACCAGCAGCCACAGGGCCAUGCACCUCAACGAGAACCAGCUCCGCGAGACUGUCCAGACCAACUGCGACAUGAUUGUCAAGCGCGCUGUUAGCCUUGCGGCCAGCCCUGUCGGCAAUCUGCCUGCCAAUCAGACGGUUAUUGACCUCAUCUCUAAGGCGGUCAACCCGAUGAACUUGGCACAGUGUGACGCUCUCUGGAUGCCAUACCUAUAA